AUGGAGCUUAAGGUUGAAUGGUUAACACCUCCUGAAUUAUUUCAUGAUGAAAAUCUAGAAAUCCCUAAAAAUAUUAAAUUAGCCGACCCAAAAUUUUAUAUGCCACAGCCUAUUGAUAUGUUGAUAGGGGCAGAACCAACCUUAUCAUUAAUGUCAGUUGGUCAAAUACCAUUAUCAGACGAGUCUUUUCAAGUAUGUUUUCAAAAAACUCUUCUCGGAUGGACCGUAGCAGGUACUACCACGGUGCCUGACCGACCCUUUCCUUUAUCUUGUAACUUAACUCGUCUUGAAAAACAAAUGACAGACUUUUGGAGGUUAGAAGAGAUCAGUUUUGAAAAACCAAAAGCAAAACACGAUGUUUUAUGCGGAAGCCAUUUUAUUAAUAAUAUCAAACGUGACCCUAAUGGUCGAUAUAUUGUUAGUUUACCAUUUAUUGAAGGCGAUCGUACGCUUGGUGACUCUAGAGCAGCAGCCUAUCGACGCUUCCAUGCAUUAGAAAAUAAAUUUUUAUCUAAACCAGAAUUAAAAUCAGAAUAUCACAAAGUAAUGCAAGAGUAUCUUGAUCUUGGUCACAUGUCACCUGUCUCAGAUGAUUCUGAGCAUAAAUAUUAUCUACCGCAUCAUGCUGUGAUCAAAAAAUCCAGCUCGACUACUAAAGUUCGAGUAGUCUUUGAUGCAUCUGCUAAAUCAAAUAACAAUAAAUCACUUAAUGAUAUUUUAAUGACAGGUCCUACUAUUCAAAAUACCAUCUUUACUCAAUUGCUCAAAUUUCGCUCCCAUAAAUAUGUCCUUACAGCUGACAUUGAAAAAAUGUAUCGUCAAAUUCUAUUACAUAAAGACGAUCGAGCAUACCAAAGAAUACUUUGGCGUGUGGGCGAUCAAAUUAAAACUUUUGAAUUAAAUACAGUAACUUUUGGUGUAACAUCGUCUCCAUUUUUGGCUAUCCGUACCAUUCAUCAAUUAGCUGAUGAUGAAGCAAAUCAUUUUCCACCUGCUGCGCAUAUUCUAAAAAAUGACUUGUAUGUUGACGAUCUUUUGACAGGUGCAAGUAAUAUAUCAGAAACGCGUCAGCUUCGUGAUGAAAUUGUUAAAUUAUUAAAACGUGGUCAAUUCAAUAUACGCCAAUGGGCUUCUAAUGAACCAAAAUUAAUAGCAGAUUUAUCUAACGUCAAUGUUAAUUCUAAUUUUUUACUCGAUAAAAAUUGUACCUUAAAAACUCUCGAACAUAUGCGUAUGUACGAAGGUUUAUCCUCGCCUUAA